AUGGCUACUUUUGCUCCUUCAGAAAAGUUGUCCCGCCAGGGGAAGAAGAGCUUCAUACCUCUGGAGAAUAACCCCGAAGUGAUGAGCGCUCUCGUACACAAGCUGGGUCUCAACAGGAAGCUUGCGUUCCAGGAUGUUUUCAGCAUCGACGAGCCCGAGCUGCUCUCCUUUGUGCCCCGUCCCGCCUAUGCUCUACUGCUCAUCUUCCCGGUGAAUGAGACGUAUGAGAAAUUCCGCUUCGAAGAAGACAAGGACCGCCAAGAGUAUGAAGGUAGCGGUCCCGACGAAGAGGUCAUUUGGUACAAGCAGACUAUCAGCAACGCUUGCGGCUUGAUGGGUCUCCUGCAUGGAGUCUCUAACGGCGCGGCGCGAGAGCAUAUUGAUCCUGACUCGAACUUGGCUCGGUUGCUGCGUGAUGCUAUACCGCUCAAACCCAAGGAGCGAGCGGACCUGCUAUACGACUCUGACGCCCUGGAAGCCGCGCAUCAAGAGGCUGGAGCUAGGGGCGAUACUGCUGCGCCAGCCGCCGAAGCCGAUGUCGACUUGCACUACGUAUGCUUCGUGAAGUCACAGAACAACAACUUGUGGGAGAUGGAUGGUCGCCGCAAAGGUCCCUUGAACCGUGGACAGCUUGCUGCCGACGAGGACGUGCUCAGUGACAGGGCUUUGGACCUUGGUGUGCGGAGCUUCCUCAAGCGCGAGGCAGCUGCUGGCGGCGGCGACUUACGCUUCUCGCUGAUCGUCCUCGCUGAAUCAUUUGACUGA